AUGGAGACGACCGCCAGCAUCAUAGCAGUGGCCCAGCUGUGCGAAAAAGUCAUCAAAUACAUCAUCGCUGUGUCGGGUGCCAAGGACGAGAAAGCACGCCUUCGGUCGAAGAUCCGAGGCUGCAGUAGCCUGUUACUGCAGCUGCAAGAUGAAGCAGCGGACUCCGAAGAAGUCGAAGAAUGGACUCAAACCCUGGAACUACUCUCUGCUCCUCUAGUGCGUCUUCACGAAGCAUUGAGUCUGACAGCUGUUGCUUUAUCCUCUCGAGAUGGGGUUCGCGAGAGGCUGCAAUGGCCGUUCAAAGAAAAGGAUGUGAGAACGCUGGUGGAGGCAAUUGACAGUGAGAUGGGAAUGCUUUCCCUAGCUCUUGAUGGAAAUACAACACGACUACUUAUUGAAACCAACGCUCGCUCUAAGCGCAACGAACAGGAUCUGAGGGAGUUGAAGGACUUCUUAAAACUGGAUAGGGGAACAACUAUUUCGACUUUAAAGAGUCUUAGUGGGGGCCUGCAGAACAUCCAGAUCACUCAGAAUGGCGUUCAGGAAGGGCUCGACAAGCUACAUGAGCGUCAUGAUACGAAAGAAGCUACGGAAAAGCGUCAGAGAAUUUUGGAUUGGUUGACACCUAUUGACCAUGCUUCACAACAGCGAGAUGCUAUCAGUCGGCGACAAGCUGGCACUGGCGGAUGGCUCCUGCACUCACAAGUCUACCAAGACUGGCUCGGCACCAGCAAUCGUACCCUGUUCUGCCCUGGCAUUCCAGGCGCAGAAAAGACAGUGUCGGCCUCCAUCAUCAACGCCGAUUUGUGGGAGCGAUAUGGUAGCGAUAACACAAUCGGCUUGGCUCAUCUGUUCUGCAACUACAGACGCCAGGACGAGCAGACGUUAGAUGCCCUACUGUCGGGUCUCUUGCGACAACUCGUGGAACCACGAGCGUCGCUGCCAAAAUAUAUUGAAGAACUUUACGACAGUCAAAAGGGAUCUUCGGACCGGAUAGAGGCUAUGGCCAAAACUCUACAACUGGUGGCAUCGAUUUACUCCAGGGUCUUCAUCGUUAUAGAUGCUCUCGACGAAUGCUCUGCGUCACAUGGUUGUCGCAUAGCGUUACUGUCGAGAAUCCAAGAACUUCAAAACACGUGUGGUAUCAACCUACUAGUCACAUCACGCUUCAUACCUGAGAUCGUUGAGAAGUUCAAGGCAGCAUCCAUAAUAGAGAUUCAAGCAGAUAGGGAUGAUGUGCGGAGAUACCUCUCCGAGAACAUGUCACGCCUGCCAGGCUUCGUGCGCAAUAAAGCGGAAUUGCAAGAGGAAAUCAUCUCUAGAAUUGUGGAGGCGGUUCGUGGAAUGUUUCUCUUGGCCAAGCUACAUCUUGAUUCUCUACUCGGCAAGAGAUCACCGAAGGCAGUUCGUGUUGCCUUGGACAAGCUUCCUACUGGUACUGAUGCUUAUGAUUCUGCGUAUGAUUCUGCAAUGGAAAGGAUUGAAGGCCAAAUGGCCGAACAGACGGAGCUAGCAAAGCAAGCUCUCGCUUUCCUCACUUGCGCCAGAGAGCCACUCUCGACCCUGGAACUUCAAGAGGCGAUGGGCGUUGAGGUCGGUGAGCUUGAACUGGACCCUGACAAUUACCCGGAUAUUGAAGAUAUUUUAGCAUCAUGCCUAGGCCUAGUUACGAUAGAUGAUGAUGGCGACAUCAUUCGACUUGUUCACUACACGACGCAAGAGUACCUCGAGCGUACACUAGACCGGUGGUUUCCGGGCGCAGAAGCCAUGAUAGCAGACGUUUGCAUAUCAUACCUGUGUCUGAACCGUUACACUUACCCGGCGCAGUUGGAUUCUACAGAGGAUAGUGCUUGGUACGCCUACGCUGCGAGAAACUGGGGUCAUCAUGCUCGCCGAGCUCCAUCAAGUUUGGAGCGAGUGGUCGACUUCCUUACACAAGAAAUCGCUCUUGAGUACAGUUCUUUUUAUGCGGACCAUUAUUGGCGACCUGUUGACUCCGUAUUUAAGAGUUUUAGCGAGAACAACGAGCCAUGGACCACUGGACUUCACUUGGCAGCUGAAUUUAAUCUCAAGAACGCUAUUGUCGCACUGCUCCAGCGAGGAUUCGAUCCAGGCCGAAGAGAUCUAUAUGGCCGAACACCCCUUCUUGUUGCCGCAGAGACGGGAAGCAAAGCUGCUGUUGAGCAGUUGCUUAAACACGGGUCUUCCAUGGAAGAGCGUACUGACGAACGUCAUCAUCAUUCCCCAGGGUGUACCGCUCUGCACAUUGCCGCGAAAAAUGGUCACGUCGCUAUUGUCAGACUCCUUUUAGACAGAGGCGCAGUGAUCAAUCUACAAAGCUUAUACCAUGAUACGCCCAUCAGUAGCGCUGUGGAAUUGGGGCAGGCCGAGGUUGUCCAGGUUUUACUCGACGCGGGCGCUGAUAGGACCUUCCAUAACACGGGAAGUCUGGAUUCGACGACACUGAUGAGUAUUGCAGUCCUAAAUGAGAAUAUUAAGAUGGUCCAGUUUCUCAUAGCGGCCGGCGUUGAUGUCAACGAACGCGAUGAGAGUUUACAUGCGACAGCCUUGUGGGACGCGGCAUGUCUCCAGUCAGUAGAUUGUGUUCGAGUCCUACUUGAAGCCGGCGCUGAUCCCAACCUCCCUGGUGGCACUUCGCAGGGUUCUCCUCUCAUGAUGGUGUGCUCUCAUUAUACAGAAAACUCUAUCCCUGUAGUCAAGAUGUUGCUUGAUGCUGGGGCAAACGUCGACUAUGUCGACUCAAAUGGAUCGACCGCAUAUGAUCUUGCCAAACGGGCGCAGAAUCUCCAUGUCGCUGAGUAUCUUCUGGAGCGUGGUGUCGAUUCAGAGAUAAGCUUGAAUAACCGGCCUGACUCACUCCAUAGUCAGUGA